CGUGAUCGCCUGGGGAGGCAUCUACGGAGGCUGCGGUGGGGCAUACGCGGCCAGGAUGGCGGCUGCUGCCAGCGGCGGUUCUUGUCCGGCCGGAAAUAGCAACAGGGCCGGCAUGGAGGUGGACGCGGCGGGUAAGGGGCGGUGCCUGCAGUGAUGGCGUCGGGCGUGACGGGCAGCGUGUCGGUGAAGCUGCACCCGCUCGUCAUCCUCAACAUCAGCGACCACUGGAUCCGGAUGCGCUUGCAGGAGAGGCGCCCCGUCCAAGGUCACAAUGCUGUAUGCUGAGCUGACGUACACACUAGCCACAGAAGAGGCUGAAGGCAUUGGGGUUGACCAUGUGGCCCGGAUGACAGCAACAGGCAGUGGUGAGAACUCCACAGGCGAGUGAGGGCAAAUAGGGUUGCCACCAGGACUUAAUGGGGGCUCAUAGACUGCCAGUGGCCUCAUAGAGACUACACUGCUGAUUCUGGGGAAGAGUUGGCGGAAGGCAAUUUUCAGGCUUCUCUGCCCCGACUUCCCUCUCCCCCUCCCCCAAUGUCAUUCUAGUGACUGAGCACCUCAUUAACAUAAGAACAUAAGAAGAGCCUGCUGGAUCAGGCCAGUGGCCCAUCUAGUCCAGCAUCCUGUUCUCACAGUGGCCAACCAGGUGCCUGGGGGACCUGCCCAGCACAGCGCCAUCAAGAUGCUUCACAGCCAUGUCCAAGUACCAGAAUUACAGAGUUGCGGAAGCAAGACAAUGGAACAGAUGACCCCCCCAUCCUUCUCCUCUCCAAGAGAAAAAUGGAAAUGGACUGUCUUCAAGUCGAUCCUGACUUACCCUAUGAAUAGGGUUUUCAUGGUGGUCUCUUCCAAAACCUCGCCAGCUUCAGAGACAUCCCUGGAAAGAAAAAAACACAGGCAAUGAGGGGGAUGGCAACUAUCCAACAGCCUCACCCAGGCACCUCCACCGGUGUCCGCCUGGCAACUUCAUCUUCUAGCUUCCACCUGCCAACAUUCACUGGUGUCAUUUAUUCAUGGUAUAUCCACCGGUUUGUCACAUUCACACACUUACCCACCCACCCCCUUUACCGCAUCCGAAACUCCACUCACACACACACACACAGCCAGCCGACAUCCAUGAAGAACGCCAGCGGCAACAUCCGCCCCUCUCUCGCCCCCCCAUCCAUUCCAGAGCUUGGAAAAGUUACUUUUUUGAACUACAACUCCCAUCAGCCCCAGCCAGCAUGGCCAUUGGAUUGGGCUGAUGGGAGCUGUAGUUCAAAAAAGUAACUUUUCCAAGCUCUGAUCCAUUCACGUUCAUUCCCCAGCUUCAACCCAUAAAUAUCCACCUUCAACCAGCUUCCUCCACAAACAUCCGCCUGCUUCAGCCUUGCGGCAUCCGCCAGCUUCCGAAUGCGAAAUCCACCGGCUUCCACACACACUGCCAGCUUCCGCCAGGUCCGUCAUUAGACAUCAGCCAGCUUCAGAUGUGAGUAUCAGCCACCUUAAGCCGCGGUCCCUCUCAGCAAGUUAGGGUUGCCAUAUUUCCCCGUUAGCCGGGUUUUACCCAGAUUCUUUGCAUGGCGCCCGGCUAGCCCCUUUGGUGGCCCGGAUUCUCAGCAUUAAUUUAAAAAAAAAAAGUUUCUAGGUGGUCCGGUUCUCGAGAUAUACUUAAAAACGUCAGCCGCCCCGACUCUUAAAUCUUUCUUUAAACAGUACAGUACUAUAGCACUUCGUAGCUUUAACCACACCCGUUCAGAAUUGCAGCCAAUCAGUGAAGCCAGGAUUGUGUUUUAGUUUCAUUGACCUGAGGCAGUGUCUAAAAAACAAAAUGGUGGUUCCCCCCCCCCCGUUUAUCUGAAAAUGUCAUAAAUUGGGUAAGUAUAUACAUUUCAGUUUCUUUUCCUCUUGUGUGCAGGAGUCAGAUCUUGGGCAGUGUUUUGAAAACCUUCCCAAUACUUGUUUUUUGUAAAAGCAAUGCUACUCUCACAUGCCCAGAGUAAAUCCCAUUAAAUUCAAUAGGACUUACUUUUGAGUAGACAUGGUUAUGAAUGUGCUGAAAAUCAAUGGGACUUUGGAGUGAAUGUAAAAAAGAAUUGUGUUUGUGUUCUAACUCUUUCUGUCCCCCCCCUCCAGUCCUAUUUUAAAGCAAGUAGGCAGGGCUUACAUAGGUAUUACAAUUUUUAUUCUGUAGGAAAGUAAUACUGAUUUUUUUAAACUAAUACUGAUUUUUCUGCAAUGACCAACUGGUUUGACAAUAAACUAUUAUAUGGGCUAUAUGUAUUUAUACAUCUGCAGUGUGUGCAUGUGUGUGUAUGGAGUCUUUCCAACAACCCUGUGAGGUAGGGUUGGAAACCAAGGCAGCUCACAAGAAAUAAAGCCAUUUAAAAUCCAGUAACUAUAAAAAUAAGUAUUGCAAAACAGCGUAAAGUGGCAUGAUUCGGAAUUUUGGGUUGUGUGAAUUAAGUUGCUUAUAAUUUGAGGUUGCAGUUCUGCCCCUGUUGGAGUAAGCCCCACUGAAUACACUGGGACUUGCUUCUGAAUAAAUAAACCUAGGAUUGCACUAUAAAUAUCUUUACAGUUUGUGUAAAUAAUAAAUAUAUUUGAUAGUCAUGCUUAUAUAAAUAUUUCUUCAUUUAUCAUAUUUUUGGUUUUUGGUUAGGAAUCCUGACUGGUAGUGAGAUGCUUAGUUUUCUGCCUUACUCAUGGGAAUCUUGUUGUGGUUGGUAUGGUAUUGCAUUUAAGAAAUCAUGGUACGAAAUGGCCUGAAUCAGUAUAAGGCAGAUUCCUUGGUUCCUAAAAGUGGGAAGAGACUCAAGGGCCACAGUGACUCCAAUAUUUAUUUAUUUUUAUUUACAACAUUUAUAUACCGCUUUAUUGUAAAAAAUCUCAAAGCGGUUUACAGAAAGAAUUAAAACAAUAAAAUUAUUGGCAAAAGUGUUAAGGACAGAUACUUAAAAACAUUCAAAAUAAUAAAACCAACAAUGAGUUAAAAACAGAUUUUAAAACACAAUAGCUUCCACAUGCCUGGAGAGGCUUGCCUCAAGAAAACUGAUUUUAGCAGGUGCUGAAAAGAGGCGUCUGCCUAAUGUCAAUAGGCAAGGAGUUCCAAAGCAUAGGUGCUGCCACUUUACAGGACUGAUUUCUUACAAGAGCAGAACAAGUACUAUGUGGCACCCAUAACAUGGAAAGCACAGCUUGAACUUGGCCUGGUAGCAAAUCAGCAACCAAUGCAGAUUUCAGAGCAGAGGUAUUAUGUGCUGAUAGGAUCUCACUCAUGUCAGCAAUUGUGCUGCAACAUUCUGCAUUAACUGCAGUCCCCAGGUCAGGUUGUGCUGCAUGGGGAUUUCUGUGACCUUGGCUGACUGCUAGGAUUUUUUUAGUUUGGGUUUUUGGUUAUGAAUCCUGACUGGUUGUGGGAUGCUGAGUUUUCUGCCUUACUCUUGUGGUUGGUAUGGUAUUACAUUUAGGAAAGUGAUACUGCCUUUUGUGUUGUUUUUUUCGUAUUUGCAUUUCACUUAUCUUUAACCUCACUCAGUUACAGCCAUAGAAGCAACAGCAGCAUAUGCAAGAUAAUUAUGUAGAGCUCAUACAGCUUCAUUAUUAUUAUUAUUAUUAUUAUUAUUUAUUAAAUUUAUAUACCGCCCGACUAGCAAUAGCUGAGAGCGAUGAAGCAAGAGAGGAGGAGGCUUGAGUGCAGAUGGAGGCGGACUCCUGACGAAUGCAAUUAUGCAUUGGUAAGUGCCUGCUCUAAGCGAUAUACAGCAGCGGUGAGGACAGCAAAAAAGAGUUACUUUGCUGUCAGUAUUAAGGCAUCACUCUCCCGCCCAGCGGAGCUUUUUAAAACUGUACAAGGGCUUUUACAUCUUGACCCUUGGGAUACCAUAGAUCCAUCUGUAGCCCAUUGUGAUGAGUUCGCCGGACACUUCCAAACUAAGAUCGCUUGCAUUCGUCGGGACUUAGACUCCAAUAUUAUAGCAGUUGGAUUCAAUGAAGCAUCCAGACCAUGGUCUUGUCCUCAUUUAUUGGAUGAGUUUCAGUUGGUGCAGCUUGAGGAUGUUGACAAGAUCCUUGGACUGCUGCGGGCGACCACGUCUGUGCUGGAUCCUUGCCCCUCUUGGCUGGUGAAAGCUGGCAGGACCGGAACUGCCGGCUGGGCCAAGGAGGUCAUCAAUGCCUCUUUGCGAGAGGGUGUGGUCCCUGACUGCCUAAAAGCGGCGGUAGUGAGACCGCUCCUGAAGAAACCCUCCUUGGACCCAGAUAACUUGAACAACUAUAGACCUGUGGCGAAUGUUCCGUUCCUGGGCAAGGUUCUGGAGCCGGACAGCUCCAGGGACUCUUGGAUGACACUGAUUAUCUUGAUCCGUUUCAAUCCGGUUUUAGGCCUGGGUUUGGUGCCGAAACAGCCUUGGUCGCCCUGUAUGAUGACCUUUGUCAGGAGAGGGACAGGGGGAGUGUGACCCUGUUGAUUCUCCUUGAUCUCUCAGCUGCUUUUGAUACCAUCGACCAUGGUAUCCUUCUGGGACGGCUCACGGAGUUGGGAGUUGGGGGUACUGCUUGGCGGUGGCUCCGCUCCUACUUGGUGGGUCGUCACCAGAAGGUAGUGCUUGGGGAACACUGCUUGACACCCUGGACUCUCCAUUGUGGAGUCCCACAGGGAUCAGUACUGUCCCCCAUGCUUUUCAACAUCUAUAUGAAGCCGCUGGGUGCGGUCAUCAGGAGUUUUGGAGUGCGUUGUCACCAGUACGCUGAUGACACGCAACUCUACUUCUCCUUUGCAUCUUCCUCAGGUGAGGCUGUUAACGUACUAAACCGUUGCCUGGCCGCGAUAAUGGAUUGGAUGGGAGCUAACAGACUGAAGCUUAAUCCAGACAAGACCGAGACGCUGUUAGUGAGUGCCUUCUAUGCCCAGAUGGUGGAUGUUUACCCUGUUCUGGAUGGGGUUACACUCCCCUUGAAAGAACAGGUUCGUAGCUUGGGAGUUCUUUUCGACCCUUCCCUGUCUCUUGAGGCUCAGGUAGCCUCAGUGGCACGGAAUGCUUUCUACCAUCUCCGAUUGGUAGCCCAGCUACGUCCCUAUCUGGACAGUGACGACCUCGCCUCAGUCGUUCAUGCUCUGGUAACUUCUAGAUUGGACUACUGCAAUGCGCUCUACGUUGGGCUGCCCUUGAAGAUAGUUCGGAAACUACAGUUAGUCCAGAAUGCAGCGGCCAGAUUGUUGACGCGGACCAGAAGGUCCGCUCAUAUAACACCUGUUUUGGCCCGUCUGCACUGGCUUCCUAUUUGUUUCCGAGCUAAAUUCAAAGUGCUGGUUUUGACCUAUAAAGCCUUACACGGCAUGGGACCGCAAUACCUGGUGGAGCGCGUCUCCCAAUAUGAAACUACCCGUACACUCCGCUCAACAUCUAAGGCCCUCCUCCGAGUACCAUCCCAUCAAGAAGCUUGGAGGAUGGUGACUAGAAAUAGGGCCUUUUCGGUUGUGGCUCCCGAACUGUGGAAUGGUCUCCCCGAUGAGGUGCGCCUGGCGCCGACGCUGCUAUCUUUUCGGCGCCAGGUGAAAACCUUUUUAUACUCCCAGGCAUUUUAAAGUGUAUUUUUAUAGUAUUUUAUUACUAUGUUGUAUUCAGGAUGUUGUUUGGUUCUUGUAUUGUUUGUAUGUUUUUGUUUUUUGAGUUAUGGUAUUUAUUGUAUUUAUAUAUUGUCCUUGCUUUUACCUUUUAUGUACACCGCCCAGAGAGCCUUCGGGCUUCGGGCGGUAUAUAAAUUAAAUUAAAUAAAUAAAUAAAUAAAAUUAACUCCCAUUAGUGAUGAGCAAGAAUUUAUAAUUAUUAUUUCAAUUAAAACAAGAGGCUUAUCAAUACUUUGAAGAAGACCAGAUAUUGAUUUUCUUUCUGAGCCCAGGACUGGGUCUUUCAUGAUGCCGGGGGGGGGGGCAGGAGAGUAGUCAAUAAGACAGACAUCCUGGCAUUGUUAAUCUAAUUAGCAAGGUAUGUGUGAGGUUGUUGCACACUUCCAGGCCCAGUUUCAUUUUGAGUAUGGAGGUGGAACCUGUGUAGAUGUGGUUGAUCAAAGGGAGAAGAAAUUU